AUGUUUAUAUUCUUUUGUUUGAGCUUGUGGAGUCUGAGUGGUGUGUUUGGUGUUGAUGAAGUGAAGUCAGUGUCUGUGAUGGAGGGAGAUUCUGUCACUCUGAACAUCAAUGAUGCUGAUAUAAUGGGAGAUGAACUGAUAUUGUGGAGAUUUGGACACAGCAGUAUCAUAGCUAAAAUCAACAGAAAGGACAAUAAGAGACAGUUUCUUGAUGAGAGAUUGAGAGACAGACUGAAGCUGGAUCAGACUGGAUCUCUGAGCAUCACAAACACCAGAACCACAGACUCUGGACUUUAUAAAGUCACCAGCACCAGAACAGAGACACCACUCAACACAUUCAAUCUCACUGUCUAUGCUCAUCUGCCUGUUCCUGUCAUCACUUCAUCAUCAGGAUCAUCAGUGUCUAAAUGUGCAUUUCUGUGUUCAGUGGUGAAUGUGAGUCAUGUGACUCUCUCCUGGUACAAAGGAAACAGUUUAUUCUCCAGCAUCAGUGUGUCUGAUCUCAGAAAAAGUCUUUCUUUACAUCUGGGGUGUCUGGAUGAUUCCUACAGCUGUGUGGUGAACAAUCCCAUCAGCAACCAGACCAGACAUCUCAACAACACUGAACUCUGUCAGCCAUGUUCAGAUGACUGUGUCUGCUGUUGUGGUUCUACUGAAGCUGUGAUCCGAUUGGCUCUCUCUGCUCUGGUGGGCGUGGCUGCUGUUGCUGUGCUGGUUUAUGACAUCAGAUCCAGAUGUCUUCAACAGAAGAAGAGAGAGAAGACACCAUUAAACUCUGAUUAA